AGAAAAGGGAAACAUAAAGAUGGCAGCAGCAGUUUAGUCAGACCCGCCUCCACAACUUUUACAACUUCAAGAGUUUGUUGCCUAUCUCAUAGUGAGAUAACUAAACUAAAGUAUGUAUAGCUAGAAGAUAUCAAGAUCAGAGUUGAUGUAACUAGCAGAAUCUCAUAACAUACAGCUGCAACUUGAAUCUCAUAUUUUAUCAGGGAGUUUGGCAGAAGGAAGUACUUCCAAGUCAAUAUGAACUUUGGACGCAACCAGGACAAAACUUUACAGGCAAAAUUGGGGAAGCAAUGGGUUCAUCCAGCAGAAGCCAUGGUUCGAGGACACAUCGUCUACAAUGUGAAGUUUUUGGGUCACUGUGAAGUGGACCAACCAAAAGGUACAGAAGUCGUUAAAGAUGCUAUCCGUAAAAUGAAAUUCAACAAACAACUAAAGAAAGCCGAAGGUCAGAAACCUCCAAAAGUUGAGCUCACUAUAUCUGCUGAUGGCGUCACUGUACAGGACCCUAAAUCUAAAAUUAUUCAACAUCAGUAUCCACUACACAGAAUUUCCUACUGUGCUGAUGACAAGGUCGAUAAACGUGUAUUCACCUUCAUAGCUAAAGAUACAGAACACAACACCCAUCAGUGCUUUGUCUUUAACAGUGAAAAAUGUGCUGAGGAGAUUACAUUAACAGUUGGUCAAGCAUUUGAUUUGGCUUACAAGAAAUUCUUGGACUCAUCAUCAAAAGAUAUGGACAUGAAGAAACAGUAUCUUUUACUACAGAAAAAGGUCACUUUGCUACAACAUGAGAAUGCAGAGUUGAAAAAACGCCUCACUGAGAUGGAGAAACUGAAAGACCGGGCAGAUGUAGAGCAGUAUAAACAGCAACAAGGGAUUAGCAAUGUAACAUCCUCCACUUCACAAAAUGGUGCAGAUGAUGAUCACAUCCAAGUAGUACAAGGGUGGACGUCUCAAACACCUGCUCAAGAAAAUACUCCUCAGUCGCAGCCAACAGUAGGUAGGAAAUUAGAAGGUCUUGUAUUUGAGGACAACUUCAAUGGUUCACCUGCUACUACUACUAAUGCUGCUCCAUCUACAAAUGCUGCUCCACACACCAAUGGCACAACACUGAAAUCUACACCAACAAACAACCCACCGACCACAAUGCCCACUUUACAACCCCCACCUUCUACAGCAAGACCAAGACCUCAAGCAGGCAAUUCUCCAGCCCAGGUGCCACCCCCAAUAGCAAAGCAACAGCAGCAGACACAACAACAGCCCACCCCACAGAAUAACCAGCAAGCUUUGGUGGAUAUAUUUGGGGCACCACCUAUGCAACAACAGCAGCAACAGAAACAACAACAGCAACAAUUUGAUCCUUCAGUCCAGCAACAACAACAGCCAGCAAAUGAUCCAUUUGGAAUGCCAUCAUUCAACCCCUCCACACAGCAGUUAGACUCCCAGAUCUUCCAGGUCAAUCAAGAGAUGAUGGAUUUACAGGUGGGCUUCAGCCAGGGUUUAUCUUUUGGAACUGACGAUUUCUCUUUGGAUGACCUUGACCCUUUGAAGAAGUGACCUUGAGAAGAGGGCCACGUAUAGAGACUAUGGAUCUGAUUGUACUAUGCUUACAGCACCAUCUAUUAGGAUAUUUUUUUGCUAAUGUUAAGUUUCUUGUGCAAUAUUUGUGUAUAGUAUGCCAUAGCUUGCAAUUGCAGUACGUAUGACUUAUAGAAUUGAAUAAUACUAUGUGAUCUUUUGAAUGUUUGAAUGAUCAGAUUGAGGAUGUGUUAUAAGGAUUUUAGAUUUACUGGUAAAAAUUAGUAAUUAUCUGGUGGCUCAGUUUAAGUUUAAUUCAGUAUUAAUCAAUGGAUGAGUGCUUAUAACACAGCCUGAUCAGAAUGUAACAUGUUUCUCAGAUGAAGUGACAUAUCUGAACUGUAAUCUGCAUACAUCAAUUAACAUGUACAUUUUGUAAGUCAACUAUUUUCUAUGAAUGACUAAAUAAAAGUAAUUUUUUUAGAAUUGUGAUUAUUUUUUGUGUAUGAUUUAAACUAAUGGCUUUGUGGAACAUGCUUUGAGUUCAUUUAUACUAACCCCAGCAUAAGGGAGUGUUAGUUUAUUAAUAAUAUAUACAUCAUGCAUAUGUAAGGUUUCUUUUAUGUAUAUGGGUAUUUACUGCUUCCUAAACCAAGUGUUUCAUAUAUUAUGUAAUGUGAAGGCAAUGUAACUCAAUGUACAUUGAAUUAAAUGAAUCGUGAAAUAUAAGAUUGUUAACACUUAAACAUUUUGAUGAGUAAAUAAUGAGUACUAUGUACUCAAUUACAUUAAAACAGUCACUGUUAAUAAAGGUCUUGAGUAACCAAAAUAAGUAGGUUGAUUGAGAGAAUUGGUUGAUCUUGGCACAACCAUGACAGCCUACUACUAUCGUCAAAAUGCAAGUUAUAAAUUGGUUGUGUUAAUAUACAUCCAAAUCCCUUAAGCUUGUGUGUAAUGUUUUUAUCAAAUAUCAAAUUGAAAAUAAUGAUUUUGUAGCAUUCUCGGACUAAUCCAUUCCUGGACACAUGGAAUCCGACAUGAUGAGAAAGAACAUGGAUUUUAUCUUUAUGUUACAUGGCUUCAUCAUAUCCCAUGUAAUCAUGCUCGAAUGCAAUCAACACUCAAUUAGUGUCAUGCAUUUGUUAACGAGUUCAUUGAUUUCCUUUGAUAUUGCAAUACAUGUAAAUGGACAGUUCUCUGUAUAGAUAUGGACUAUUAGAGGGAUUGGAGCAUGAUUGUGUUUUGAAAUUCCAAUCACCAACAAAGAUAUAUUUCACAUCUAUGAAGCAAUUCUUGUGUUGAAAUAGUCAAGCUACAAGCCCUUGUGCCCCCCCCCCCCUCACCGCUACAAUUGUGUGA